GGUAAAAAAAGGCUCCGAGCACUCAAACAUUUCAAAACUAUUGUUCAAUUCAAUAAACGAACGAAAAAAAAAUUUACUUGGUAAUCCAACAGUGGCUGCAGCUAUUUACCUAGACCCUAGGCUACAUCGUUUGUUGAAAAGUUUGGAAUUCUCGCAUAUGAGACUAGUAGCCAUUGAACAUCUGAAAGCGUUACAUUUGAAAGUUAGUGCUCUGUCUACACAGCUCGGACAAGACAUCAGUGUUACAAUAGAAAGCGAGGACAAUAGUGAGGAUACAGAUUUGCUUGGAGAACUUCUAAAUCAAAUAAGUUCAACUACAUCCAACGAUUCAUGCAUUUUAGAAGGAUAUUCAGCUAUUGAAUCAUUCAAUGAAUCAACAGACACAAAAGAAAAUUUAGCUGCCUUUUGGGAACGAAAGAAAUAUACACACAAAAACUUGUAUCAGCUUUCCCAAGUUAUCCAUGCAACUCCGGCAACGCAAGUGAGUGUAGAGCGUGCAUUUUCUACACUUAAAUACAUUGUAAACGACUACAGGUCAAAUUUAAGUGAUGAUUUGACCGAAACUAUUUUACUAUUAAGGUUAAAUAACAAAUAA